AUGGCUUCCGGAUACGACAGAGCUCUGUCGGUCUUCAGCCCCGAUGGCCACGUCUUCCAGGUCGAGUACGCAGGCGAGGCUGUGAAGAGAGGUACCUGCGCCGUCGGUGUCAAGGGUGAAGACUCAGUCGUCCUUGGAUGCGAGAAGAGGUCGGCCAUGAAGCUCCAGGACACGCGCAUUACGCCCUCCAAGAUCCAGCUUGUCGAUAACCACGUCGCUCUGGCCUUUGCCGGCCUCAACGCCGAUGCACGAAUCCUCAUCGACAAGGCACGCCUAGAGGCCCAGUCUCACCGUCUGUCGGUUGAGGACCCCGUCACCAUCGACUACAUCACCAAGUACGUUGCCGGUGUGCAGCAGCGCUACACCCAGGCUGGUGGUGUCCGUCCCUUUGGUAUCAGCACACUCGUCGUCGGCUUCGACAAGAACAGCAAGGUGCCCCGCCUAUAUCAGACUGAGCCCUCUGGUAUCUACUCUGCUUGGAAAGCAAACGCCAUCGGCCGUUCCAGCAAGACGGUCCGCGAGUUCCUCGAGCGCAACUACAAGGAAGGCAUGGACCGCGAGUCCACCAUCCGCCUGGCCAUCAAAUCGUUGCUCGAGGUGGUGCAGACGGGUGCCAAGAACAUUGAGAUUGCCUUGAUGACGCCCGAUGCCGAGAUCGAGAUGUUGCCGAUCGAUGAGAUUGAGGAUUAUGUCAAGGAGAUUGAGCAGGAGAAGCAGGAGGAGGCCGCCAAGAAGAAGGGCGGUCGCCCUGCGGCCACGGCCUCGAGGGGACAGGAAGAGUCGACCGACUAA